UGUGGAGUUCCUACCUCGCUCCAGUGCACUGAGUGAUGGUCCCUUUGUGUGCUUUGGAGGGUCUGAUGGAGCCAUCUGGGAAGCCGUAGUUCUGUUGAGUGCAUCGUGUGAGAGCCAUCAGCUUGACAAUAGCUUAUGCGGCCAUUCCCUUCCUCCCCCAUCCCCCCCCCAACCCCCCUCCCCCCCUCUUCUCCUCCGCCCCAGUGUGGAGUUUCUACCUCGCUCCAGUGCACUGGGUGACGGUCCCUUUGCGUGCUUCGGAGGACCUGACGGGGCAAUUCGCGUGCUCUCUCUUGCGACCUGGCAGAUAUCUCGCAAGUUCACCGGGGGGCACAAGGGAGCGGUGCACUGCCUGCUGCCCUUCAUGGCCGGCAAUGGGGAGAUGAUGCUGGCAUCAGGAGGAGCGGACGGGACGCUGGUGAUGUGGGGGGCGGACUCCCAAGCAAGCGCAGCAAAGGAAGUGGCGCCCAAGAUCACUCUCCCCAAGGCGCACGACGGGGGAGUGGUGGGCAUCAGCCUGGCCCGCAUCCAUGGCGCUGCCCCCCACCUGGUGACGUGCGGCGGUGACAAGGCCGUGGCGUUCUGGGAUACCACCAUGUUCCGGGAGGUGCGGCGGAUGAAGCAUGCCAUUCCCAAAACCGUCUGCCACACCAUUGCCAGCUGGCGCCACCCGCGCGUGCCAGCUGUCGAGGUGCUCGCCUGCGCCAAGGACUCGCACAUGUGGGCGUUGGAGGCAUCAGGGGGCAGCAGGCCUAUCUGCGACCUCUCCACCCACGCACCCCCCACCCCCCAGCUGGCAGCAGGCAAGAAGCUCAAGAUCUACUGCAUGAUGCCACACAGCCUACAGCCUCACCUGGUGGUGUGCGGCACCAACGUGGGGGUGAUGCUCAUCUGCUUCGACCGCACUGCUGUGCCCCCUGCUGCAGCUCUGCCCACGCCACAAGGCUCUCGGCAGCACCAGCCUACUACCACCAAUCCCCCACCCCUCCUCUUCUCCUCCAGGUGGCGUUCUGCUGCCUGCCUAGGCAGGGGGCUGAAUGCGCUGGCCUUCCAGCUGCUCAUUGACUCACCCUCGCCUGCCCUCCUCCAUCUCUUCUCUUUCCCUCUUACCCCUUCUCUCACACCCUUUCAGGUGGCGUUCUGCCUGGACAGGGGGCUGAACGCGCUCGCCUUCCAGCUUCUAACAGCAGGGCAGGUCGGGCCUGGGGCGGGUGUGACUGUGGCGGGGGGCGGCGGCAGUGGCAGCCAGAGGCCAGUCACCCCGGCUGGAGUCACACGCGUGGAUGCUCUUGAAGCCGCUGUGCCUGAGGUGAAGCAGGAGAGGCGGAGGGCAACGCCUGUUGCGCAUGAGAGCUACUCUCACCUCUCUGUCAGCAAGUCCGGCAAGUACCUGGCAGUGUUGUGGCCCGAGGUGCCGUUCUACAGCGUGUACAGCACAGCGGACUGGGGCGUCGUGGACUCGGGCACGGCCCGCCACUUCGCCUGGGACACCUGUCAGGACCGCUUUGCCAUCCUGGGAGGGGCUGUGGUGCCCAAGGUGCAAAGCAGCUCUGCCAGCUCAGGCAGGCACGGGUUCCGGGGAAGAAGCAAGAAGGACGCUAAAGAAGCAGAGGCGGCAGCAGCGGCUGCCAUGGCUGCUGCGGCGGCAGCGCUGGCAGGGGCGACUGUGGAGGUCCGGCGGAUCAGGAAGGACGGGAAAGUGCAGAUCAUGUGCACAUCCAUUGAAUCUGGACGCCGCGAGCAGGUCACGGGUCUCUUCCCAGGCGCACUGCUGGGAGUGGCCUACCGCAUGCCCAAGAAGGCCUCUCUGCCGGGAGUCAGCCUGCCCUCUGCUGCCCUCUCCUCCCGAGCCGAAUCAAUGGCGGACUACUGUGAGCAUCCGCCAAACUUCCACCUUAUAAGCUGGGAGUCAUUCAAGCCGGUCAGCGGCAUGCUACCAGAACCGCACUGGACCGCGUGGGACCCCAUCGUAGAGUACUGCGCCUUUGCCUACGCCACGCACAUCGUGGUGGCAACGCUGCGCCCGCAGUUCCGCUGCCUGGGCCACGUGGCAGUCAGAGGGGCCACUGGGGGCACCUGGCACCGCCGCCAACUCUUCCUCGCUACGCCUACCUCUGUUGAGUGUGUGUUUGUUGAUGCAGGGGUGAGUGCCAUCGACCUGGAAACGAGGAGGCGCAAGGAGGAGAGGAAGAGGCGGGAGGAGGAGGCGAAGGUGGUGGCAGAGAAGGGUGAGCUGGCUCUGCUGGCCAUGGCGCCUCCCAAGACAGAGGAGGCACCGGAGAGAGUGCAGUUGCGGCCUCCCAUGCUGCAGGUGGUCCGCCUCGCCUCCUUCUCCUCACCGCCGGCAGUCCCCCCCAUCUCAGCCAUGGCUCGGGCCCGCAGCCUAUCAGCCGACGCCACGUCAGCGCCGCCCGGCGCCUCGUCUGGUCCGGGGCUGCUGGACGGCCCUGAGGUGAAGCCGCCCGAAGUGGUGGUGGGCGGCGGGGGCGUGCCGGUGGCAGCCGGGCGGCUGCCGAUGGAGCAGAGGCGGCCGGUGGGGCAGGUGUAUGUGGUGGGGGUGCGAGAUGGAGUUCUAUGGCUCGUGGACCGGUAUUUGACAGCGCAUGCCAUCUCCCUCUCCCACCCUGGAGUGCGCUGCCGGUGCCUUGCUGCUCAUGGCGACCCUGUUGGUGCCGUCAAGUGGGCGUCCCGCCUGGGGAGAGAGCACCAUGACGACUUGGCGCAGUUCAUGGUGGGCAUGGGGUAUGCGAGAGAGGCGCUGCACCUGCCAGGGCUGUCCAAGAGGUUUGAGUACGAGUUGGCGCUCUCGUGCGGCGAGUUAGACCGCGCGUUGCACUGCCUCAUGGCGCUCUCCCGCCCCAUGUCCGCCUCGGGGGCGGCCAUGGCUGAUGCCGAUGCAGCCAUGGACAGCCAGAUGGACUCCACGGGCAUCCUCGCCAUGGCGGCAAGUCAAGCCAACAUGAUGGAAGCAGCGGUGGGCGUGGCGCGCUAUGCCUCAGAGUUUCUUGACUUGGUUGACGCAGCCGACGCCACCGGGCAGGCUGACGUGGCGGUGCGAGCGCUGCGCCAGCUGGCGGGGGCGAGUCUGCUGGAAGGCGCCUUGCUGCCAGCCGUGCAGAGGAGGGUUUCGUUGCGCCUGGCCCUGCACGGGGAGGGAACCAGGCUGCAGAUGCAAAUUCAAUCACUUGUGCGGGGAGGGUGUGGUCGGGAGGCGGCGUGUGCAGCAGCGCUGCUGGGGGAUGCGAAUAUGUUGGAGAAGGCAUGGGCUGACACGGGCAUGGUGCCUGAAGCUGCUCUGCACGCCCUGUCCCACGGGCGCCCCACACUCGCCGCUCUCCUUAAGCAAUGGAACCGGUGGCUGCAGAAGGAGGAGGUGCAGCUGAAGCGGCACAACAUGCUGCACACAGCGCAUUUCAACACCCUCUUCGCCAACACGCAGGCUUCUGAAGACCCCUUCCAGACCCUCGCUCCCACCACCAAAGACCCCCCCAUCCAAAUCGUCCCCCCUCGGGAAUUCUCUGUUGCUCAAACCUCAGAGGACGGCAGUUUGGGGUUCGGAGCAGCGGGAGCAGCAGGAGGGUUUGCAGGAGGGUUCCAGUCUUCUGCUGCAGCAGCAGCAGCAGCUCCAGCCUGGUCUCUUGCUACUGCUGCUGCAGGAGGGAACUGGACCGCACCUGAUUCUGCCACACCAGACGAUGCUUUGUUCUCGCGUCCCCCGCCUCCUAGGGCUGGCUCUAGUGGUGUAGAGGGCAUGUCUGCUCCGCUUGACCUUUCGGUGCUUGAAGGGGCGGGUGAGCCGAAGCGUGGGCCGGCGACCAUUGCUGUGCCUGUGGAUUUCGGUCAGUUUGAGAGGGAAUUUGCUGCCAAGGCUAGGGUUGCUGAGGGUGGGAGGAAAGAGGGAGCAGCAGCGGCUGGAAUGGGAUUGGCAGGAGGAGCAGGAGCAGUAGCAGGAGCAGGAGGAGGGGUAGCAGCAGUGGUUCAGGGGGGUGAGAGGGGAGUUGGGAGCAAGGAGCAAGGGAAGGGGAAGGCAAGUGCAGGGAGUCAGGUAGAGGGAGGGAGGGGAGGAGGAGGUGUGGGGCCUACCAUGGCAGAUCUGGAAUGGGCGGCGUUGGGUGGCAACUAG